AUGACCGACGACCAGAGAAGCAGCGCCGUUUACCUGGCCAAGCUCGCUGAGCAGGCCGAGCGAUACGAGGAAAUGGUCGAGAACAUGAAGAAGGUCGCCUCUUCGGACCAGGAACUCACUGUUGAGGAGCGAAACCUCCUCUCCGUCGCUUACAAGAACGUCAUUGGUGCCCGACGUGCUUCUUGGCGAAUCGUCUCCUCCAUCGAGCAGAAGGAGGAGUCAAAGGGCAACGAGUCCCAGGUCACCAUGAUCAAGAGCUACCGUGAGAAGAUCGAGGCCGAGCUUGCUCAGAUCUGUGAGGACAUCCUCGAGGUUCUCGACAAGCACCUCAUCCCCUCUGCUGCAUCGGGUGAGAGCAGGGUGUUCUACCACAAGAUGAAGGGAGACUACCACCGAUACCUCGCCGAGUUCGCCACUGGCCACAAGCGCAAGGACUCUGCUGACAAGUCUCUCGAGGCUUACAAGGCUGCCUCGGAUGUGGCUGUGACUGAGCUGCCCCCUACCCACCCCAUCCGCCUGGGUCUGGCCCUGAACUUCUCCGUCUUCUACUACGAGAUCCUCAACUCGCCCGACCGUGCUUGCCACCUGGCAAAGCAGGCCUUCGAUGACGCCAUUGCCGAGCUCGACACCCUCAGCGAGGAGUCGUACAAGGACUCGACUUUGAUCAUGCAAUUGCUGCGUGACAACCUGACUCUCUGGACCUCUGACAUGCAGGAGUCUGAGAGCAAGCCCUCUGAGCCCGCUGGCACCGACGCCCCAGCUCCCGAGUCCAAGGGCGAGGAGGCUGCUUAGAUGUCCUCGGCUCGAACGUGAGGCUUGUAGGAGAAAGUGGGGACAGGGCGAGCUCUAGACGGGCGGUGGCGGUGGAGGAGAGGAGAGACGCGAGAAAGAGAGGUGUUCGCAAGAGCAAGAUGUCAGAGGCAGUGUCGACGUUGUUCGUAUUUCUUGGGUCGAGUCGAAUCAAGAUCUUCAGUCGUACCUCCACGUGAUAGAAGGCGGAGACGCGA